AUGGGUCUACUUUCUCUCCCCCCAGAGAUUGUUGAUAGAAUAUGUAAACUCUUCUGCACUCACUGUCAGACUGAGCCCCUCUCCCACUCCCCCCACGAACAAGACCUGGUCACAUCUUGUCCAAGGAAAAUCUGGGAGCACAAUACCCAAAAAGCCAAAGCCCUCCUCAGUCUCUCUGAGACAUGUCAAGCGCUGAACACACUUACUAUGCCCCAUCGCUAUCACCGCAUCGAACUCAAGAGCGACCUCCUCUAUAUAAAGGAAUUUAUCGCACACAUCAGAGGUCGUCGGCAUGAUGCCUUCAGACAUGUUCGCAGCCUCAGCUUCGCCUAUACAAAGGAUAUGGACGACUGUCGCAAUCAAAUUCCGGAUAGCAUAAAACCUCGUUUCAAUUUCUUCAACAUGGUGUUGCGUCAUGUGCCACACAUUCAGAUUCUACACAUACGCCUCAACUUGGAGCAUGAAAUCAAGGUCCCCAGACGAACAACGCUAGAGUCACUGCGAUAUCUACACAUUGAGCGUGCCUAUGAGGAGUCAGACGACUUCCCCCCCAGCCUACAUAUCUACGAUGUGCUCCGACAGGCACCCAAGAUCCACACAUUGGUCAUCCAAAUCACCAGGUUGUCCUGGUCGUUCGGAUCAGGGGAACUUGAAAAUGUCAAGAGUCUCAAACUUGUCAAUACCGUGGUUAAGCCGGAGAUCCUCGAAAAGAUCCUCGAAUCAUGCAUACAGCUUGAAUCAUUCGUGUUCAUCUUUUUCAUAAAGAUGCGUGACUGGCUGAAUUUGCGAGUGAGUGAUCUUACUACGCCCCGAACGCUGCCGCAUGUGCUUUCCUUACGACAAGAAACGCUGCGGUAUGUUGAGCUUUAUUGGGAGCCGUAUACAUGGAGCAGCAAAGCGGUGGUCGUAGGUAGUUUCAAGGGCUUGACCAACCUUGAGACGCUGAUCCUUGGAGGUCCAGGGUUCCGCUUCGAGCAAGCUAGGAACUUUAAGCCGUUCAAGACAUGCCUUGUCGAUCUCCUGCCACGAUCGAUCCGCCGCUUCGCCAUUGACUCGUAG